AUGGUACAUGGGCACAGCUUCCAUCACGUAGUUGCAAGUCUUCUCAUACUUGGGUUGUCUGGGGCAACAAAGAAGGAUACAGCAGCAAAGAACAAUUCUGGAGUGAAGCCUGCAGGUCAAUGUGGAACUUGGGUGAAAGAAGCAGACGGAGGGAUCUUCACUUCUCCCAACUACCCCAACAAAUACCCCCCAGACACCGAGUGUGUUUACAUCCUUGAAGCACCCCCGAGGCAGUGCAUCGAUCUGCAUUUUGAGGAGAACUACUCGAUCGAGUCCUCUUGGGAAUGUAAAUUUGACAACAUCGAGGUUCGGGAUGGACCCUUUGGCUUCUCCCCAAUACUCGGACGCUACUGCGGUCAGCACAGCCCGCCCGAUAUCAGGAGUAGCGGCCGAUAUCUGUGGAUAAAAUUUGUUACCGAUGGAGAACUGGAAGCGGUGGGAUUUUCGGCAAGCUACAACUUCACUCCAGAUCCGGACUUUGCAGACUUGGGAGUUCCCCCACCUCUGCCCUCCUGUCAGUAUGACAUGGUGGGUCCAGAAGGUAUCGUGGAGUCUCAUCAGAUCACCAGAGACGGGAAGGCUGACCCUGCCGAGGCCGUCGACUGCAAAUGGUACAUCCGUGCUCCGCCACGCUCCAAGAUCUACCUGCGUUUCCUCGACUAUGAGAUGGCCAAUUCCAACGAGUGCAAGCGCAACUUUGUGGCAGUGUACGAUGGCGGCAGCUCGGUGGAAGACCUCAAGAGCAAGUACUGCUCCACGGUGGCCAACGACAUCAUGCUGGUUUCCACACUGGGCGUCAUCCGCAUGUGGGCGGACGAGAACAGCCGCAAGAGUCGCUUCCGCAUCCUUUUCACAACCUACCAAGAACCUCCUUGUGAUGCAGAUGCCUUCUUCUGUCACAGCAACAUGUGCAUAAACAACACACUGGUGUGUAACGGCAUGCAGAACUGUGUCUACCCCUGGGAUGAGAACCAGUGUAAAGAGAAAAGAAAAGCCAACAUCCUCGACAACCUGAACAACACAAACGGGACCAUCAUCGGUGUCACCUGUUGCAUCGUCCUCAUCCUCCUCAUCGUCUCCGUCAUCGUCCAGAUCAAGCAGCCACGUAAGAAGUACAUCCUGCGGCGUGAGGACUUUGACCCCACCAUGUUCCAGGAGGUGUUUGAGCCGCCUCACUACGAGCUGUGUACAUUACGGAGUGCCACCGCAGCCGCAGCGGCAUCAGCAGACUUAGUCGACCUGGCGGAAGACUUUGAGAACUACCACGCCCUUCGCCGUGCCUCCUCACGCUGCAUCCACGACCACCACUGUGGGUCCGCCUCCAACCCCGGCUCCGCCCACUUAUCCCAGCUGUCACUGAGCGGACGAGGAAGCCGCGGGAACUUGAGCGGCCGAGACGGAGGCACCCUGCUCACGGACCUUCCACAGCCGCCCAUGGCAGUGCGGCCAUUGCUGCCGGCCACGUCAAACCGCAGGAGCAUCCUGGUCAUGAAGCACAGCUACUCACAGGAGGCGGCGGACAAUGGAUGUGACCUGGACGACGACAUGGAAGAAGUUCCCACCACCAGCCACCGGCUUUCACGCCACGAAAAGGCAGUACAGCGACUUCUUGAGAAUAGUGAAAUCCUGGAUCAAUACGAACGGGCGUCACUGACAUAUGAAAGAGCGGAACGGAGAUUUACACCAGCAUGA